CUCUUCUCCAUCAUCCACUCGGUUACCUCGCUCAUUAUGGAAAAUGAAAACGUGUUUCGUUUGUCCGAAAAGUUCUAUAAAAAGCAACCCGAUAGUGGAAUUGAUUUAUCCAAAGUUUUAGAUGCCUCGGACGAAAACUCGUUUGGAUUUGAAAAGCUACAAGAGACGAAACCGGGUGUCUGGGAACACGAGGAGAUGCCUGGUCUGCUUAUUUUAAAUAAAUGUUUGGCACCUGAGACUCAAUUGGACAUUGUUAAAUGCAUUUUGGAAAGACAAUUAAGUGAUUCCCGAAACAAGUCAAACCUUUCACCUUUUUAUGAGCUCCCUCAUGGCGAAAAGAACCUAUGGACAAUGUACAAAAACGGGGAAGACAACGUUGCUAUUCCUCCCACUGGAAGUAGUAAACCUGUUACGGUUAAGAACCUUAUGGAAAAGAAAUUGCGAUGGAUAACCUUUGGUGAACAGUACAACUGGACUACUAGAGUAUAUCCAGACCCUGCCACGGCUCCGCCAUUUCCAGAAAAACUAGGUCAUCUCACUGAAGAGCUCGUGCACAAAGCAACCGAGUUUAAAGAUUGGAAAGCAGAGGCCGCGAUUGUUAACUUUUAUUCUCCGCGUGAUACUUUAAGUGGACAUGUGGACGAUGCAGAGGAUGAUUUAACACUUCCUCUGCUUUCCAUGUCCAUAGGUUUAGACUGCAUUUACUUGUUGGGCACUGAAACUCGAAAGGAUGUUCCGAAGGCUAUCAGACUUCACAGUGGUGACGCUGUCAUCAUGACUGGACUGUCAAGAAAGGCAUAUCAUGCCGUACCCAAGAUUAUUCCCAAUACUGCUCCCUCCUACUUACAGCUCAAAGACGAAGCUGUUUGGAACCAAUGGAUCCAAACCAAACGUGUCAAUUUUAAUAUCCGUCAAGUUCGAGUGUAGCUUUAUACCAUUUGUAUUACUAGGAAACCUGUAACUUAUGUAUAGAUACAUAUAUAUUUAUAUAUAUAUAAUUUUUUUUGGAACAAAGCUAUAGACAUAAAGAAGGAAACCAUUCAUUAACAAAACAUUUAUUAUAGCUUCCGAAUAAUGGAUAGACAUUGCAUAAUAACAGUUUUAAUGAUAAUUUUUCUGUA